GGUCGGUUGUGCUGGACACGAACUGCCGAAAAUGAAUGAACGAGGGACAUGCACACACACACACACACACACAAACGAAUAGACUCUUAUCAAGAUACACUCCCGCACAGGAGCCCCCACUUCCGUACAGAGACAGCAACGUAGCCCACAAAGCGUCGCAGAUCAGGACGGACAGAAGGAGGCAGGAGGAGAUAAGGAGGGGGGUGAGCGAGAAAAGCACUUACAUAGUCUGAGGGAGUAAAGUGGCUGUAGAAAGUGAGCGUGGAGGAUGGAGGAUGGAGGACGGAGGAUGAAGGAUGGAUGCUUGGGGGAGGAGAGAGAGAGAGAAAUAAGGGAACUCGCAGGGAAUCAGGAAAUAAAGAGAGAACAAAAGAGAGGAGUGAAGGAGAG